AUGAAGGAGCGACGACUCUCCUUGAGCCUGCUGGCUCUGGCUCCCGCCGCCGCAUACGCCCAAACCCUCCCCUACAAUCCCACCCGACUCUUCUUCCCCAAAAACUCCACCUACGUCUACGUCGUCGGACCCUCAUCUAAUGCCGCUGGACUGUCGGCGCUCAACCUCGCCGCUUCCUUUGACUCGACAUCACCGCACCUCUCCACCAUCACUCAGACCUUGCCCUUGCUUCAAAAUGGCGACGACAGCAUCCCUUACACCCCGACCAUGGACCCGAGUGGCAACAUCACGGUGAUUGGAGGCAAGUGCGACGCCGGCCCGAAAGAUACAAACAUUUGGCAGUUUCAGCCCAAUCUGGGCAGCUCGAGUGCGCAGGGCACCUGGACGCAGUACAAGACGGUGUAUCAAGUGGCGGGCAAUAGCGCGGACUACGCUUCUCCCGGCUACCUGGGAAACAGCAUCACAUACUCUACCAUCAUCAAUGGCACGGAUGCGGACUCGAGCAUCUACCUCUUCGGAGGCAUGUGUCCGUUCGACAAUUCGACGGCGGACACUUGGGUUUCGAGGGCGGAUUACUCCGACGCCCUCCUGACCAUCUCCCCCGGCGCCUCCAAUUACGAUCUAGGAGAAAUCGCCAGCCGCGAGUCGCCGAUCAGUCAGGCUGGCUUCUCCAUUACGCCUCUCCCCGCCGCCUACAGCGUAAACUCGGCCGGCGUCGCGCAGACUCAACAGCAGAACUUUGUGCUCCUCGGCGGCAACACCCAAUCGGCCUUUAUCAACAUGUCCCAGGUCGCGCUCUUCUCCCUCCCACAGCAGACCUGGUCGUUCAUCGAAGUCUCGCAGCCGGCGAGUGGAGGAAAGGCGGACUUGGCUGUCAAGCGCUCCGUCCAACAAGUCACGCCGCGAUCCGGUCACACAGCCAUCUACUCGGAAAGCACCAACAGCAUCAUCCUCCUCGGCGGCUGGGUGGGGAAUGUCAACACGCCCGCUCAGCCUCAGCUUGCGAUUCUCGAACUUGGCGCAGGAUAUGGCGGGACUGGAGACUGGAGGUGGACGAUCCCUGACCAAUCGAGUUUCGCUGCCGCAGGUAUUUACGGUCACGGAGCGACGAUGCUCCCCGGCGGAGUCAUGUUGGUGCUUGGGGGUUAUGAAAUCACUACGACUUCUUCGAAAUGGAGAAAAAGGGGGACCGAGGCGGCCAACACCCGGGCGUAUCUUUACAACACCACGUCAGGCGCGUUCUUAACAUCUUGGGACCCGCCCGCAAGCCUGACACAGCUGGGUCGCAACGGAGGCGGCGCAUUAAGCAAUACUUCUCAGAAGGUCGGGCUAGGAACUGGACUAGGCGUUGGUGCAGCUCUACUGGUGACGGUCGUCGUCUUCUACCUCUGGUACGGCAAGCGACUCGAAAGGCAGCGCGAGCAGCGCCAACGCACCCUCCUGGCUUACUCCUCCGACGGCUCGGCUCUUGAGCACACCGACCCGUCUUUCUUGUACGGCGGAGUGGAGGGCAGGACUUCUGACGAGGUCGGCGCAGAUAGACUGUGGUCGAAUCGGGAAAUGACUCAGUCCAACUAUCCCCGCCUGCCGCCGUUGCAGCAUUCUACCGGCGCGUUCGUCAAUGUACCCAGUCCUACGCGCGGGUUGAGAAAAGGAUCUGGGUCGAGGAAUUAUCAGUAUCAUGCACCGCCGCAAUUCGACGACAAGGGUUUGGUCCGCGGCACUGGCGCCAUUCACCCCAUAGCAGAAGACGAAAACGAGGACGAUCAGAGGUAUAUGAGCGGUGCCAUUGGCGGCGGUGAUCCGGAAAGGACGCUCUGGGAGAUCGAGCAGGUGUUGGCGGGCGGCGAUCCAUUCAGAGACAACCAGCCAGAGACGGGCGACACCGUCCGACGUGUCCCCACAAAUGCCAGCCGUAUACCAUCUUCCCCCAGCCGGCCUGGCUCGCGAGGCUUGAAUGCGACCAAUUGGAUCGCCGAAGAGGAGGAGGACGGCAUGGAAGAGGAUGGCGUGGGCUUUACAACAUCCCACGGCGACGACCGCACCUCUUCCACCCUGAGUGAGGGCUCCAUCAUCUCGGCCUACCGCAUCCCACGGAAGCCGGUAGGAUCCCAACGACCGCAAGGCGGCACACCGCAUGGCUCGCCCACGCGCGAACGAAGCAGCACCACGCCCAACCGCAGCGGCUCCAAAAUGUCCUACUUCAAAACGCGCACCCGCUCCUCCACCAAUGGCUCCCUCCCCCUCAGCCCAGGCGAAGACGACGCCUCCUUCAUUACCGUCAAAUCGAACUUCUACCCCGCCGGCCACGCCGAAAACGACGCCCUGCUCUCCGGCCCAGGAGGCGGCGCAGGCACCUCCUUCCUAGGCCUCGACGGCCCCUACCAGCGCGCCAUCGCCGCCCAACCCCUCAUCCGCACCCGGCACCCCAUCCCCGCUCCCCGCCGCCGCCCAGGACUUCUAGGCUCCCUCCGCCGCGCGCUCAACGUCGUCUCCCUCUCCGAUCGCUCCUUCUCCCUCACCUCCGGCACCUACGACGAAGGCAUGCGCAGCACCUCCUCCUCGCCCACCAAACACCACCCUUCUUCCACCCGCGGGGGCGCCGCCGGUCCCCGCCGCGCAGUCUCCGACGGCGGGACUCUCCUGCGCUCCAAGCGCGGCCAGCAAGACUGGGAUGAGAAGGAGUGGCCUCCGUACCGCGACGACCCGGCCGCAGCAGAUUGGGGCGAGCCGGCGCCGCCUGCACGCAGCUCGGCGGAAAUCCGCCAAUUGGCAGAGGAGGACUGGGACGUCGAGGGCGCGGCCAAGAGCCGCGAUUUCCAGGUCAUGUUUAGUGUGCCCAAGGCGCGGCUGCGCGUUGUGAAUGACGAUAUGGAUCGCGCAAGUCUAAGGAGUGCGAGCGAUGGCGCGAUUAGUCGGAGUGGGAGUUUGAGGGCGAGGGAUUUUGGAACCGGCGGAUUGGGCUUGUUGAGGAAGGGGAGUGUGCGCUUGCCAUCUACUGAGGAGGAGGAGGGGGAUGGGAGGGAGAAGAUGUGA